UGUCUCCUCCCCCUGGGUGAGCCCAGCAGCAGCCUCCUCGUUCCUGACUGUCACAUUCUUUUCCAGCUCUGACGGGAAGUCAGCAAUCAGGAGACCAUCCCCCUACCUCACCCUCCACCUGCCACAAACCGGCCAGCCCUUCCAGGAGAAAAUCCAUCCUUACCUCUGACUGAAGGUCUCUGGGCCUUCCUGCUGUGUCCAGACCCUCUUCCCAUCCCAGCCUCCCAUGCCGAGGCCCACCUUGUCAGUCACUUCCUUUUGUCAUCGGCUUGGCAAACGGGAGAGAAAACGGAGCUUCAUGGGAAACAGCAGCAACAGUUGGUCCCACGUGCCGUUCCCCAAGUUGGAGCUGGGCCUGGGGCCCCGGCCCGUGGCGCCCGGGGAGCUGCCUGCCUGCUCCAUCUGCCUGGAGAGGCUGCGCGAGCCCAUCUCGCUGGACUGCGGCCAUGACUUCUGUGCUCGCUGCUUCAGCACGCACCGCACCCCGGGCUGUGGGCCGCCCUGCUGUCCCGAGUGCCGCAAGAUCUGCAAGCAGAAGAAGGGGCUCCGCAGCCUGGGGGAGAAGAUGAAACUUCUGCCGCAGCGGCUGCCACCGCCCAUGCUGCAGGAGGCCUGCACUGUGCGGGCUGAGCCGCUGUUGCUGGUGCGCCUCAGCGCCUCCGGGGGCCUCAUACUCAGGAUGGGGGCCAUCAACCGCUGCCUGAAGCACCCUCUGGCCAGGGACACCCCAGUCUGCCUCCUCGCCGUCCUGGGGGAGCAGCACUCAGGGAAGUCCUGCCUUCUCAGCCACUUGCUUCGGGGCUUGCCGGGCCUGGAGUCCAGCGAGGGCAGCUGGCCGAGAGGAGAGGGGUCCUUACAGGGGGGUGGUUGGGGAAGCAAUAGCCUCACCAGGGGCAUAUGGAUGUGGAGUCACCCCUUCCUGCUGGGGAAAGAAGGAAGAAAGGUAGCUGUGUUCCUGGUGGACACAGGGGAUGCCAUGAGCCCGGAGCUGAGCAGAGAGAUGAGGAUCAAGUUGUGUGCCCUCACCACCAUGCUGAGCUCCUACCAGAUCCUCAGCACCUCACUGGAGCUGCAGGAUACAGACCUGGACUACCUGGAGAUGUUUGUCCAUGUGGCCGAGGUGAUGGGCAAGCAUUAUGGGAUGGUGCCAAUCCAGCACCUGGAUCUCUUAGUUCGUGACUCCUCCCACACUAGCCAGGCAGGACACAGGCACGUGAGUGACAUCCUCCAGAGACUGUCCGGCAAGUAUCCCAAGGUCCAGGAGCUGCUCCAAGGGAGACGGGCCCGCUGUUACCUCCUGCCCACUCCACAGAGGCAGUGGAAGGACAAAGGCCAAGGGAGCCCUGGUGAUGCAGAUGACAAUCUCCACCACCAUCUCAGGGCAUACGUCUCGGAUGUGCUCAGUGCGGCCCCCCAGCACGCUAAGAGCCGCUGCCAGGGGUACUGGAACGAGGGGCGCGCCAUGGCCAGGGGGGACCGACGCCUGCUCACGGGACAGCAGCUCGCUCAGGAGAUCAAGAACCUCUCAGGCUGGAUGGGGAGGACAGGGCCCGGUUUCAGCUCUCCGGAUGAGAUGGCCGCGCAGCUACACGACCUGAGGAAGGUGGAGACAGCCAAGAGGGAGUUUGAGGAGUACGUGAGGCAGCAGGACAUAGCCACCAAGCGCAUCUUCUCUGCCCUGCGGGUCCUGCCUGACACCAUGAGGAACCUCCUCUCCACCCAGAAAGAUGCUAUCCUGGCACGCCACGGUGUGGCCUUGCUAUGUAAGGGGAGAGAGCAGACCUUGGAGGCGCUGGAGGCCGAGCUGCAGGCCACAGCCAAGGCCUUCAUGGACUCCUACACGAUGCGCUUCUGCGGCCACCUGGCUGCUGUGGGGGGCGCUGUGGGGGCCGGGCUCAUGGGCCUGGCGGGGGGUGUAGUGGGCGCGGGCAUGGCAGCGGCCGCGCUGGCUGCCGAGGCUGGGAUGGUGGCGGCUGGAGCUGCAGUGGGGGCAACUGGGGCCGCUGUGGUCGGGGGCGGCGUGGGGGCUGGGUUAGCUGCCACUGUGGGCUGCAUGGAGAAGGAGGAGGACGAACGGGUGCAGGAAGGGGACCGAGAGCCCCUUCUCCAGGAAGAGUAACCACCCCAGGAGGGGACAAAGGGCUGGCGAUGCGAGGUGGGGGAGAGGAAGAG